CAUUGCGUUCCAGGAAGAAGAAGUCAACGCUUAGAGGAGGAAGAGGAUUGAAAACAGGAAUAACGGCCUGACGCAGUUAGGCUGAGGUUAUAUGUUUGAGGAUAUACCUUAAAGUAAUGGUUAACUGUAGCGGACUUUGGAUGCUGCGGUCUGAAGUAUCCACGCCGGUGUACAAGGUCUGUGUUUUAGAUACAGACAGCAGGUAGUCGAGUCUGCUGUUAGAUUCAAUCACUGUUGUUUUAUCCUGUUAUUAUUAGGAGACAUGCAGCGGCCGCCGAGCUCCUCUUAUCUCUGAACUCGAUGAUCAUGAACUCUUUCUCCACGACAGGAAGCUGCAGUGUUUUAUAACCAUAGACUGGAUUUAAUUAACGGUUAUUCUGAGUAAUGGCGACCGACUUUGUGAAGACUUUUGUGCGGGUGUGUAAAAAUCUACAAGACCCCUGCCAUGUAGCGAGGUUUCAACAGUUAUGCGGCGUUCAAGGGACGUUUCCUGAUAAAGCCACCAAGCCGGACAGUGGACGCUCGGAGCCGGACUACCCCGGGUUGAGGAAGAGGGUCCAAAGCUCUGACGCCAGUGUUGGUAAUGGAGCAGCCGGGGACGCGACCUCAGCGCAGGUCAACGGGAUGCAGGGGGACAACACCUCUCGGCCCGAUGGUCCAUCAGAGGCAGCUAAUGCCGACCCAGACACCACCAGAGCCAAACCCCUCCGGAGGAACUCCCUCACAGGUGAUGUGGGUCAAGAGUUCCUGAUCCACAACAAGUUGCUCUUCUACCUGUUCACGUUCGGGACUGAACUGGGCAACGAGAUGUUCUUCAUCAUCUUCUUCCCCUAUCUCUUCUGGAACAUCGAUGCCCUGGUCAGCAGGAGACUCAUCGUGGUCUGGGCCUGGAACCUGUUCGUGGGACAGUCCACCAAGGACAUGAUCCGCUGGUCCCGGCCGGCUUCCCCUCCUGUGGUGAAGGUGGAGGUCUUCUACAACUCCGAGUACAGCAUGCCGUCCACACACGCCAUGACAGGGACAGCCAUACCUUUCUGUCUCUUCAUGUUGACGUAUGGGCGCUGGGAGUACUCCUUCCUCUUUGGCUUGUCUGUGGCUCUCAGUUGGAGCAUCCUGGUCUGUGUGAGCAGAGUCUACAUGGGGAUGCAUUCUAUUCUGGAGGUGAUCACUGGCUUCCUCUACACCCUUCUUAUUCUAGCCUUCUUCUACCCAAUUCUGGACAAGAUCGACAACUUCUACAUGAUGGACCGCUUUGCUCCUCUUGUGAUCAUUAUGUCACAUGUCAGUCUGGGACUUGUGGCCUUCUCUCUGGAUUCCUGGAGCACCUCUCGGGGCGACACAGCUCAGGCUCUGGGUACCGGGGCAGGAGCCGCUUUGGCCACUCAUGCGAACUAUCAGCUAGGGCUGCUUCUGGAUCCACCGCUGUCCUCACUUCCUCUAACUCUACCAUCACUCAGCGUCAGCAUGGUAGCCCUCUCCCUGCUGCGCUUCUUCAUCGGAGUCGCUGUCAUCCUCGUUACCAGGAUGGUUAUGAAAGCGGUGACUAUUCCUUUUUUGUGCCGACUCUUCGGGCUGCCGACAGAUGACGUGAGACAGGCUAGGCAGCACAUGAAAGUCGAGUUGCCCUACCGUUACAUCGUCUACAGUGUUGUUGGUUUCAGUUGUGUCAGUGUGGUGCCUCUCAUCUUUAAGAUACUGAACCUUGCCUGAGUGUUUCGUGCAAACUGUCAUUUACUGCUGACAUGUUCACCUACAUGAUGAAGGCAAACAGCACUUACAGAAACAUGCUGCUUGAAACUGAAAUACAGGAUAGUAUGGUGAUAUUCUAUAGUUUGUAAUGUUGUCAGUAUUCCUCUGUGCCAUAAACGUGGUUUAAAAUGUAUUUUAAAAAACAAACCACGUGGUCUUAUUGGAUGACAUACUCCAUCAUGAAGAGAAUGGGUAAUGUAGUUUUUUUCUGAGUUUAACCCUCAUACACCAUUCUCAUUAAAUACAACACAAUUAAAUCUGCAGCUGAAACUAGCCCCCCCUAAAAACAGUAUUUAUUUCUUUCAGUGUUAACUUGGAAACUACCAAGAGAGUAAUUUAGACUUUUUAAAUAAUGAAGUAUUUAUUUGUGACCCUUUUAAAAACAUUUUUAGUCUUCAUUAGUAACCAACGGGUUCAGGGUGGGAGCCCAAGACUGAAGGGAUUCAGAAAGUAUUAAUAGACUGAUCAAAGUAUUGAUUUUUUUACUGUUUGUAUUGUGUGUUGAUGAAAACAACAAUAUAGAACAUCACCAACCUUAUCCUUAAACAUCCAUCUGAUGGCAACACCUUAUAGUGUUAACUGGAACUUCAGAAAUACAGAAUCUAUCAGUUGUGCUGUAACGAUGCUUGCAUUCAUUAUUGAGGAAUAUAUUGCACAUUUCUGUCAUUUGAUGAAGAAAUUUCAUAUUUUAUUGGAGGAUUAGACGCUCUAAGAAUAAACCAAACUAUGAGUCA